GCGGCGUCUGAGGUGAGGGUUCGGAUCGGGUCCGUUCGGGUCGGGCCGUACCUCCCUGCUCCGCGGUGACGUCAGGUUUCCUUUGGCGACCUCAGAACGCGGGGAAAACGUUGGAUUUCCAGUUUCCUCUCACAAUAUUGAUGGUCUUGAAAGUGCAUUUGGAUCCAAGACGUUUUCUACCAGUGAACAAAUUAAGAACCUCCUCUCUCUCUCAGAUCCGUACAGACAAUUUAAUAUCUUGUGACCUCAUUUCUCCAAAUUAAAUGAAAAAGCAUUUUUCUCUUAACUUUCCAUGAAGCUCAGCUAUUGCCUGUUAAUUUUGACUGUCAGUGCUGAUCUUUCGAUUGGACUUACACUGGAAAAUGUAGCUUCUAAUGGGACACUUGCUUUUGAGUCUUUCAAUGCAUCACUUCAUCCAGUGCCUCAAGCUUUAGCAAGUUCCCCAGCACACCAUGAUAUCAUAGCCAAAGAGGGAACCAGUAUUUUAAUUGAAUGUCAAGUGAACAUCAGCCAAUAUGAAUAUAUUCUUUGGUAUAACUCCAAAGGACACCUGCUUCAACAGAAAGAUGAAGGUGGACGGUGGAGGAUUGCUGGUAAUUUCCUUAACAUCACGAAGGUCAACUUUGCUGACCGGGGACGAUACACGUGUGCAGCUGUUCAUGGUAACAACACAGUGUAUUCCACCGUCACCCUGAGAGUCACCUUCACCUCGGGAGACAUGAGCAUUUACUACAUGAUUGUGUGCCUCGUUGCCUUUGCCAUCACGCUCAUUUUAAACAUAACUCGUCUGUGCAUGAUGAGCAGCCACCUCCGCAAAACAGAGAAGGCUAUCAAUGAGUUCUUCAGGACGGAAGGGGCCGAGAAGCUUCAGAAGGCUUUUGAGAUAGCCAAGCGUAUCCCCAUCAUUACAUCUGCCAAAACGUUAGAGCUGGCCAAAGUCACUCAGUUUAAGACCAUGGAGUUUGCUCGGUACAUCGAAGAGCUUGCCAGAAGCAUUCCCCUUCCGCCGCUGAUCCUUAAUUGCAGGGCGUUCAUGGAAGAGAUCUUUGAGGCUGUGCGAGUCGAUGAUCCCGAUGAAGUCGGCGAGGCAGAAAAACAAACCCAAGCCUGCGGUACCCAAGCUGCAGUGUACCCCAUCAACCCGGAGAUCAAGCGCAGCGAUUCGCCGGCCGCGGAUUCUGACGAUGGGUCUGUGAAUGAGCAGGGCCAAGAAAUAGCUGUUCAGGUGUCCAUCCACCCGCAGGCAGAAGCGCAGAGCAUUGACACCGUUUCUCAUGACAGCUGCCAGUUAGCUCCUUCUGAGGAGGGCACCUGCUGAACCCAGCCACAUCUGUUGUACAGGAGCACGGGUGUCCCUGGGAUAACGUGAGAAAGGGGUGUGCAAACAAGCUGCCUCAUCCCCUGUGCACAAGAGCUGGUUUUUUUUCCAAAUUGCAAGGUGCCAGAACUACUGCUGAUGUCUGUAUUUCCCCUCAGUGUUUCGCUGUGUUGGUCUAACAGUUUCAGAUCUGUAAGAGAAGGGUGUUUGAAUUGUUGUUCAGUGGAUUUUCUUUUUGAAGCAGCUUGUUUUACUUCAAGUAUUUACAAAACAGUAAUUCUUUCAUCAGCUCCUUGGUACCCUCUGAUACUUCUGUGUUAGAAGUAGCCAAGCUGAGCAGAACAAGAUGCAGUAAGAUCUUUUGCUUUGUAGGCCUGUUCUUCCUUCACAAAGUGGAAGCAGAAUUCCUUAAAGCCAAUGUUGUUACCCCAAUGAAUUGAGUUUUGCGUAGCGUGCUUCUGUGUUGCUAUCAAAAUGUACUGUGUUUAGAAAAAUAAUUGCACCGAGAUCUGCUGCUGAAUUAAAGUGCUGUGGCAGCUUAGAGAACAACCAGGGGAUCUCUGCUUUCUGUGCAUCUGCAUCUGUACUCGAGCGUGUGGAAAGCAAAUUGCUACAAACCUUGUCACUUAAGCUUGGUGCUGAUUGCCAACUGCCUUACCCUGGUUCUGUCUUGCAGAGUGGAGCAGUCGGUGGUACCACUGGAACUGUCUUUUGGCUCUGCUGAUUUCACUCGCUAUAGAGAACCCAAAGUUUCAUGUUGCAUUUGACGUUGUUGUGAGAAAAGAAUGACAGUGAUCGUCCAGAGGCGUAACUUAAAGGGAAAUUUGUCUACUGUUAAGGUAUCUCAGGCAGUUAUUUCUGAACAGUGUAAUAAUGGAGGGGAAAAAGCAAUGCCACUGACUUUACUCUGGCUACUGCUUUCAGGAAGCAGUGGGAGAGAGGGCUUAGCAGAGGGGCUGGCUGAGCUGCUUGCCAGCCCGUUUCCAGAGCAGAGUGGUUGAGAGUGCUGCCCUCUCCCAUCUGCUGAAGAGGAAAGGCAGCUGACAUCCAUACCUACACAUGUACGUGCUGCACCAAGGAUCUCCUGCACGGCUUCCUUCCUCAGCUCUGGAGCUGUGGCCUCAUGGAAGCCACAGGCAGACAAGAAUCAAGUAUUUUCUUUCACACGUUGGUGCUGAUUUUUUUUCUCCCUAGCAUUUAUAAGUUGUAUCACUUAAAUAGCAUUAGAUAUCCUAUCGAGAUUCAGUAGAUGUAAGGGUUGUAAAAACUCCACAAAUUAAUUUUUUACAACUACUGGAACCAUUCUGCCAUAUAAUUUAAACAACUUGGCAACAGGAGCACCAUUUAAUUUCCCACAACUCUUUUUUCUUUUCCUUAUUAUUACAAAAAUGUCAGUUGAACAAGUGAUUCUGGAAGGCUGUUCAGGAUUCUUAAGAGGAUUUGACUCUACAUUUACAUGAGUAAGCAGGCACAGUGGUAAUAACAGGGUGGAGCUUUCUGUUGUAGUGCAUCCUUCUAACAAAGGGUCUGAGCAAAUUACAUUUAUCACAUCAUAUCAAAUGAUGGGAAAGUGAAGCAUCUAUUACUGUUUUAAAAUACCUCCUGGGGAAAGUUCUGCUAACAGCCACCAGUAAAUGCAGCCUGCUUGGCUUUGGUAUAUUGGGUUAGAGCUGUGUUUUUUGGUGGGAAUGAACACUGCUAGCCUUAGUUGCAGUAGUGCGCUGACCAACUUGGUACUUUUGCCAAGACUGUAGCAAACAUCUGCUUCAGGGGAGGAAAGCUUGCUAUAGACACGAUAGAUACUGCCCUCUGCAGUAACUUCUUGUUAGUUUCCAUGGUUUGGUGGCACUUUAUGUCUAGGUGAGAAAUUUGUGUAGUUUUGUGUAACCUGUCUGAUUUUUAAAAAAGUUUUUGGUGAUCAGUGUUAAACUCUUGUGAAUAAAGGGCUGGUUCUAGAAGCCCUGCCAAGAUGCUGCUGGCUUCAUUUCUGUCUUACAGUGAGCUCUGCAGAUCUAUUGCCUGAGCACAGAUCUGGGGGUUUGUACCACUUUGUCCUGCCUGAAAGCUGAUGGCCACAGGAGAGGGUCGUCUCUUUAAUCUCUGUUGAGCCACAGGCCCUUGGCGUUGUAGCUGCUCCUGCCAGUUUUCACAAAACAGCUCUCCUUGCUUCUGUGAAGCUCUUGCAUUCCUUGUGGCAGUAACAUCUUUGACAUUUCCCCUUCCCCUACACGCAGUGUAGAGACGCAGCUACGAAAUCAAAGCUCCGUUUAAUUGCUUCUGUGGAAGCAGUUAUGCAGUUGUGAUUGACAGAUGUCUCGUCAGAAGCAGCAGCUUGCAGGCAGCAGGAUGAUCCUGGAGGUGCAUCAGAUGGGUGUCAGGAGAGGAGUUUCGGGAUUAACUCAAUCUGUUCUCUGAUUUUUAUUCUUUAUUUCCAUAGCUCCGGGUUCUCACUGAGCGCCAUUACGCGCUGUCGCCAUGUGUCCCCAUUUCUGGUGGAGAGGAAAGAAUCCUACAUCCAGGUCCUCAGAAGUGCAAUUGCCAUGUCAAUUGCUGGAUAAUAAAGCCAAGUGUUUUCCUGAAUUAUUGCAGCGUUUUGUUUCCCAAAUUAAUUCCAUCCCUGGGAAGGAAGCUGUAUUGCAAGAAUUUCAGUAAAUCAGUGACACUUAUUAAAUGUAGGAACUGAUCCUACCUCCACUGAAUUCAAUUAGAGCAGAUUAGGAGCCUCAGUGUAUUUUGCAAACAAUAUUACAGGGUUUUUUGUGCCUCUGAAAGCAAGGAGGAUGGUGGUGUUAUGCAGUAGAUGUGAUUUCAGAGAAGGAAACCUGACACUGGUUUCAAACAACUUGUGAACUCUUCUUACAUUGACUAGCUGUGUGCAUGUAGGUCUGUUUGAUGUGACUAACUGAAAAUUAACAUUGAAAGAUUGUAUAAGUGACAGUGUGUCUAACGUUUCAUAGGUCAGGGAGAUUCUACAGUGGUUUCCUUGGUUUAAACUGAAUUCUUCGACAAUCUCAAGGCUAUUUUAUCUCUUCUUUAUAACUGCUUUUUAUUUAAAAUAACAUAAAAUCGACUCAUUACCCGAGAGUACCUAAAAAUAACUUUGUAGUGGUUAUUUGUAUUACUUGGAUUGUAACGUCACUGUUUAAUGUAACUGCAUAGGAUUUCAUACUUUCAUAAAAUGAAUUGGUAGAUUUGCAAAAUAAAUGAAAAACAAAAGCUUUGUUCUCUUUGGGGUUACU